UUUGUGCGCCACGUCUGUCACAGCGGGCGCAUGUUGAAUCAGCACCGGCGGCGGGGCCGUUUAACUAGCACUAGCGCUUGAGCUAAAAUGACAGUGUUUCACGACGAGGUCGAAAUAGAAGAUUUUGAGUAUGACGAAGAAACAGAAACAUAUUAUUUCCCUUGUCCGUGUGGCGACAGAUUCGCGAUAACGAAGGAGGAUCUUGAGAAUGGUGAAGAAGUGGCCACCUGUCCGAGUUGCUCACUUAUAGUAAAAGUAAUCUAUGAUAAGGAGCAGUUCAUGUGUGGAGAAGCAAUCGAAGCACCAAAAACAUCAGAAAACAAACUGGAGCUGGCCCAGAGCUGAGUUCUAGACGAUCAACAUGACUCUUGACGUGAUCCUUUGCUCUGAUGAUGGACUUAAUACACACAUCUGUCUUUUUAACAGUUACUCACUGCACAUGCAGAUCUUUUGUGAGGAUGCUGACCACAUGGACUCGACACAUUAAGCAUCAAGAUUUUGCACACAAGUUACUAUUUUGUUGUAGUUAUUUAUUUUUUUAAAAAAACUUUUAAAAAUAUGCCCCGUUCUUGCUUGAAACUACAUUUUCAGGAAUUGAGAACGUCUGGAGUUUAUGCAUAAAAACUUGAAUACAAUAAUGCCAAAAGACUUAAA